CCCGCCAACACCAUGGUAUGGUACUGUGCGGACAAGAGAUGUCCACCAAAAACAAGAGCAUGCUAUGGCCACAGAGAUACCACUGGGAAGCCACGUGGGGACAAGAUGUGUUUCGCGCACAAGACACCCACUAUGAUCAGCCUGAAUGCGACGCACUGUAAGUACGCCGGUUGUAGAAGAUCUCCUUCGUACGGCUGUGUCUCCGAACCAACAAAAGGCCUGAGAAUAUUUUGUUCAGAACACGGCAAAGGCAAGAAAGGGAUGAGCAACGUAAAGGACAAGAGGUGUGCCGAACCAGAGUGUAAAACCCUAGCCAACUAUGGUUUCGGCAAGAGCACGUACUGUGGCCUUCACAAAAAAAAUGGGAUGAGUAAACGCGCGGCGCCGGCAGCUGCUUCGGUGAUGCGGGGGCCGGUAGUAUCAUCGCAAGAAUCAGCAGCAACGGUGGUAGACACAUCGCCAGCAUCAGUAACGGUACGAGCGGAGGAUAGCGUGGGAGAGUCAGGGCAGAGACCAGCAUCAGCAGCAACUGGUUCCGUACAAGAUUCAGUAGUAACAGCAGCGGGAGGGGAGUGUGAGAGAGGAGGAGGAAGGAAGCCACCAGAGCCGCGCAAUAAGUCGGUUGCGGUAGCGGUAAUAGCAUUUGCGGCCGCGGCACACACAUCGGAUAGAGAUUCGUUGGUGAACACAGCAGCGAGAGAUAAGGGGGAGGGGGAAGGAGGAGGGCAGCCAUCAGAGUCGCUGGUCAACACAGCAGCGGCUACGGCGGGCGUGCAGGGCGAGGGGGAAGGGGCAGCAGCGGCAGCAGCCGGCGAGGUGGAGCGAGGGGAACGCGAGGACACAUCUCCGGCGCCGGCAGCAUCAACAGCUGUGGGCGAAGGCGAGGGGGACAAGAGAGAAGAAGUAAGGAAGGCGGUGGCGCAUGUGGUAGAAGUUACGGUACAAGAAUUAGCAUCAGCGCUCGUAGAGGGGGAGGGGCAAGGAGAAGCUGCGGCAGCAGCGGGCGUGCAGGGGGAGGGGGGAGGGGAAGCUGUGUCAGCAGGGAGCGUGCACUGUGAGGGGGAAGGGGCAGUAGCGGAGGCAGCGCCAAUAGAGGGCGUGCAGGGUGAGGGGGAAGGGGCAGCAGCGGAAGCAGAGGCUGCAGCGGGCGUGCGGGGUGAAGGGGAAGGGGUAGCAGCAGAAGCAGAGGCUGCAGCGGGCGAGGUGGGGCGAGAGGAGCGUGCGCUAGUGAUAGACACAUUUGCGGCGCCGGCAACAGUUGCACCAACGUCGCCAGCACCACCACCACCACCACCACCACUGGCACCACAAGGCGUUGAAGGCAGUUCGGGCACCGGAGCGGCGGCAAACGGGGGUGGGAGGGGUGGUGGAAGCGGGAGCGGAGGUGUUCAUGAAGACGAGGAGUACGCCGUUCCCGUGGCCGAAGCGGACUCAGAUGACGAUGGUGCCGCCGUCGUGCCGCCUGGACAAGGGACGGAUCCUGCGCAGCCUGUUCCGGCGAGCGGUGAACGAGGGAGAGUCGAAAUUGGAGCGAGAGGGGAAGAAUGCACGGCGCCAGCAACGGGUGGUUGGUUCAUUUCACGCAGCGGCGGUGGCGGUGGUAGCGGAGGCGGCGAGAGUGGAACGGCAAAAGACGCCGCGACAUCGGUGUCGGCAGCAGGACCAGCAGCAGGAGCCGGCGGCCUAGAGAUGGCGUCAUCCAGCAACCUACAGCUCCUCGCCACCGUCUGUGUGCGCGCGGAAAACGAGAGUUAUGGAGGGAUCGAGAGCGGCGGUGGCGGCGAUGGAGCCAAUCACGAUGAAACGGUUCCGAUCGAAGACGGUGCGCCGGACUUUUCGCAAGAGCUCGCGGUCACACAGGUAACUGGCACUCAGCCAGACGAGGCAGUGGCGGCGGCGUCUGCAUCUGCGCAGGCCGUGGUCGAGACGGCGACGCCUGUGCAAGACACGGAGCGCGAGCAGCCUCUUCCGCCGCGUGAGGCCUUGGUGGCAGGUGGUGUGGAGGUGCAGGUAGUGGGAGAGGCCGGUGCCGGCGACGUGAUGCGGACGUCUAGCGGGUCAGUGGGUGUGGCACAACAGACGGGUGAAGCCCCGCGAGUGCAGGAGAGCCGGGGUUCGCACGACUUGCUCGACCAAAUUCGGGUGUACGGUGGCGAAGUGGAGCAGGGGGAAGCUAUAAGCGAUGCACUAGCAGUGGCGCCAGACAGUAGCAGCGGCGGCGGCGGCGGCGGGAGCGGGAGCGGGAGCGAGAACGGGAGCGAGAACGGAGGUGGUGACGAACACGAGGAGGACGACAUUUCCGUGCCCAGGCGAUCGAGCAGGGUGGUGGGGUCUUCUGCGCUGGAAUCGCCCAGCGUGGUUCACCUGCUCGCACAAAUUCGGACGGACGACCCGAGGGUAGAGGUGCUGAAGCUUCAUAACUACAUCCCAGCGGACGUAAGCACACCUGUCAUAGAUGCCGUGCUGGAGGCGUUGAUGCUCAACAACUGUCAAGCUCUCUACAUUCAGAACGUUAGCAAUGGUUUGCGAGACGAACAGCUUAUGAUGCUGGCCAAGGUGCUGCGAAAGGGCAACAUAUGGUGUCUGAAUGCGGGGGAGAACUCCAAGAUCAAGCCGUCCACUUGGUGCGACUUCGUCAAGGAGAUAGAUAAAACAGGCGUCACGCACGCUUAUCUCAGCGAGGAAUGCAUCCCUAUCGGCCUCAAGAAGGCCAUGCGGACGGCCAUCCGUGCCAACAGGGUCAAGCACACCCGCCACAAGUCGGCUUCAAAUGUCAAAGUAAUACGGCGAUGUACCAACAUGUGGUGGAAUCCCAUACUCUGCAAGGAAUUGCAGGCGGAGCUGAAGGCGGCCGCAGCAGCAGCGAAGGGGAGAAGCGGAGGCGGCAGCAGCAGCAGCAGCAGCAGCAGCAGCAGCAGCGACGGUGGGAGCGAAGGCGAUGAGAGCGGAACGUUAUCGGGGUCGGGAGCAGCACGAGCAGCAGCACUACAAGCAACCACCGAGAAGCCGAGCGGGGGUGGGAGCGCGGGUGGGUCUUCCACCGCUCCCAAGGGGAAGGGAAAAAGAAAAGCAGGGCAGCAGGAGCAGACAGAUGUCCGAAGUGGCCGAAACAAACGGCGCCGUACCGGAGGAGCUGGGAGAAACGCGACAAAAGCUUCUGCCACAGAGCGCGACUCGAAGAGAGCUUCCGGGACAGGGCGGGCAGAGAAGAUGUCUGACGAUCCGAAGAGCCGGCAGGAGGUGUGGAAUGCUGGAUUCGAUGACGAUGAGGCGGCUAUGGACUUCGAAGAUGCAUGUUACGAGAGCGACGUGGAAGCCAGGCACGAAUUGGCACAAGAGGAGAAGAAGGAGAGGGAAGCCUGGGAAAGCGAGAGGGAGGCCGAGCGAGAAAAGGAGAAGCAGAAACAGAUGAGCAAGACGUUUCAUCGAAUAAAGACUCCCAGCGAACAGGAGAGUGAGCGUUUUCAGAAAGCCCCUGUGCAGGUGUUUCCCGGAGACACUAUCCCGGUGGACUGUAUCAGGAGCUGGGGUGCUGAAUUCGGCUUCCAUGACAAGAUUAGGUGUGGCUACUGCAACGCUGGCACCGAGCUGAAAACCAGCGAUGAACAGAAGACAGAGCGUACGGACCUAGAGCUGCUGAUUCGAAAGAAAAGAGCCGAGAGGGGGGAAGAUGGCGAUGGAGAGAAGUAGGGCAGCAACAACCGAUAGAAGGGGGGAGGCCCAGGCGAAGGCGAUGAGUGAGGCGGUUUUUGGGUCUGGAAAACAACAUGACGGCACUGGAAGCUACCCCCCCUGCAGCCAGAUAUCCACCGUUAAGGAGAACAUGGUUUAAAUGCGAGAUGAAGGGCUGUAGCGUUCUUCCGAGCGACUUGGUAGUCAAGGAGGUUGCGGGAGCGCGACAAGGUUGACACUGGAGUAGGUUUGGUGUUGGUUGAGACUCUAGGCAGUGUCUCUUGGUGAUAGCUCUCCCCAUCAUCGGCCUCCCGGGGUUUGGCAUACUUGGUGUUCCUUGGACAUGCCAUGUCGUGGUGUUGGCUUAGGGCGUUGGUUUAGGGCGUUUUUGGUGUCUCAAAAACUAUAAAUAGUCCCGAUUUAUGCUCAACACCAACCGAAGACACCCUCCGCGUGUUGUCAGAAAAUCAGUCAAAAACGAGAAGAGCUCAGACAAAGGCAGGAAAUGUCAACAAAUCAGCAAAAAUCGCAAAAAAAUCGGAACCUGACACCGUCCCUGUUUCUACAUCGAUCAGACACCCCGAAGCGCACAUCACCAGAAAACCAUCUGUGACGACGCGUGCCCCUGAAUGCACAGAAGCAACAUGUCCCAACGAGCGCCACCGUGCUCCAAGUCGGCAAAUUGACGCGUAGUACAGGCUUUGGUCCCCAACUUGCCACCCCUGUUUCGAAACGGCACAAAGAUUAAACCGUCUGAUCCUGCCGCCAAUGGCAGCUUUCUCUUUUUCUGCCAGGCAGGUAGGUGCAUGAUGGGCUGAUAGAUGGGCCGACAGCAAUAAGACCACGACGAUAGCUGUUGGAGAGAGACCGGCCACACAACGCCGGUGAGAGUCUGCUUGAAGCUACCGAACCAUAGCUUCUGCAGUGACGCCGGCCCACAACUUCGGAGAUAAGCUGGUUGAAUUCGUCUCCGCUCCGAACGAUAGCUUGUGCAGUGACGCCGACCACACGACUUCGACGAUGGGCUGGUUGAAUCUAUUUCCGAACGAUAGGUGCUGCAGCGACGCCGGCCACACGAAUCCGGCGAUGGGCUCGUUGAAGCUGUAUCCAAACGAUAGCCGCUGCAGCGACGCCGGCCAC